UUGGUUAAUAGAAGAGUCGGUAUUUGGUGAUGAAAAAAACAGUAUCGUUACAUUAAUUACCGAAGAAGAAGAAGGAAUCGAAACAAAAUUGUUUCGUGAUUUUAAAACUCAAAACAUUUCAUUGAUCUGUGUUCGUAAGUACCCAAAAAGUUCAUCACAUUAAGUGAAUAAUUGUUUGUGAACACUUUUAAACUAUAAAACUAUUGACCAGAAAAUGAGUGCGGACGAAAUGUUGAUUUGUUGGAUAAAAAUUUAAAGGGACUCAUUCCAAGUAUAGCUCAGACUGUGAAAGCCGCUCUGCUGUUGGGACCUUAUCGUAUGAUAUUGUGUGAAACUAGUGAAAACCAGUUGUAUAUUUAUCGUGGAGAUUGGAAAUUUGAAACGGGAUCUUAUUCUUGUGGUACUUUGUAUCUGGCCCCAAGUUUUACAGAUUCCGGUCGGACUAUUAAAUGCAUGGGAAUGCGUGAUAGUAAUAACAAUGAAUUUGUUGAUGCAAGAUUUAAUCGUGUAAACCUAAGUUCAUGCAUAAAACAAACUGAGUCUUUGGAAAAAGCAAACGUAUCAAUGUCAACAAAAGGUAUUUUCCACAGAUUCAAUGAAUCAAUUACUAAAUAUGACAAAUUGAAAGUUGAUAAAGAACAUAGAACAACCAAGCUUUCUAUCACAUCAUUGGAUUCAGUUACCUCGGUCGAAAUCAUUAAUGAACGAUCCUACCUCGACCUAUUUGUUUAUGACCGUAAAUUUGGUUUGAAAUACAUUCCAUCUGGUCUAAAUGAAUGCACCAUUGAAUCAAGUGGGGUUGAUGAAGAAUUCAAUUAUGCUGCUUCAGAAAAUUAUGCGAAGGCGUUUGCAAAGGAACUUUAUUUUCCUAAAAAUCCGGUUAAAUCACACAGCAAAAAAUUAUUGGUUGAGACUGAACACAAUGUAAUGGCUGGUAAUGUAAAGUUUGAUUUGGCUGUAAAAACCUAUUUAGAGCCACAUAAUGCCUCAAGAUUUGCAAUGGAAAGUGGAAGACUCGAAAAUUUCUGUGUUCAAAUGGAUCUUUAUUCAAAAUCCUUCCCAAAUGAGAUUUCUUCUAAUUUCAAUCUCACUGAAGUUAGAGUGAUGUGCUUACUGGAAACCUCGACUUAUUUAGACGGAGAUGAAUUACAUCGCAUAAUCAGUUCAUAUCAUCAAUGUUUCAAAGACAGAAAAAACAAAAUUAUUCUCCGUUUAGAGAUUUCAUCAACAAGUAAAAAUUAUUUGACGUCAGACAAAAUUCACAAAUUGCAAGCCGAUAUCAAUCAUGUCAAAGAUGCUCUCCGAAGUUUGCUCAUUGAUAAAUUGAAUGUGUCAUUUUUGAGAAUAAACUGGAUUAAAUUGAACUUUUCCGACUCACAUAUCGUGGCAAAGGUUGAAAUUCUUGAUUCAUUUGUCACCUACUUUGAAUCAAAGAAAGGAGUAUCACAUAAAUUCAACAUCAAAUCAUCUGAAUCUGGUCAAACUCAAACAUCAACCAUUGAUGAAUGUUUACGUCUUCAAGCUUUUAAAGCCAAUCUAAGUUACGUUAUAACUUGUGAAACUGACCAUUAUUUAUGUCUUGGCAUUGCUGAUGGACAUGCAUUACCAGAUGAAGAUAAAAAUGGAUUGGAUUGUAUGUUGUACAACAAUUCAGAUCAAAGUUUAACCAAACUAAAGGCAGAAGUUCCUUUGGAAGAAAUUGAAAAAUCUUGUCUCAAUUUACAAGGAAGCAAAUUCAACUAUUCCGAUGUUGAAUUUUCUGUUGUUGAUGUUACGAUUGGAGAUGGUAUACGCUUUUAUAAUCCAGAAAAGACGAAAUCAAACUCAACUUCCCCAUUUUUCUUAAUAAUUUCCAUAUUGAUCAUUAUAAUAUUUUUUGCGUUCGGAUCAGUUUAUAAACUGUCUCAAAACCGAAUUCAUCCUCUUCGCGAUUACGUUUCGCUUAAGUUAUUAAAAUCAAGCAUCUGAUUCCUAAUACCAUUGCAAUAACAAAAUCAAUAAAAGAAAUGCUUUUAUUCAAUUUUUGCUUUUAAUAAAAGUAUGGU